GACUACACUAUCGGAUGGGUUUGCGCAUUACCAAAUGAACAGACAGCUGCAAUCUUCAUGCUCGAUGAGAGACAUGAAGACCUCCCCAACCCAUCUGGUGACCAGAAUACAUAUAUUCUCGGAAGCAUUGGUAAACACAAUGUUGUUAUUGCUGGUCUGCCCUUGGGCAGGGUUGGUAAUAAUACUGCAGCAACAGUUGCAACUAGAAUGGUGUCUAGCUUUCCGAAUGUACGGGUUGGGUUGAUGGUAGGGGUGGGCGGAGGCAUCCCUCAGAAGACUCGGCUCGGAGAUGUGGUCAUCAGUUGCCCUAACGGUACGGAGCCUGGCGUUAUCCAGUGGGAUAUGGGCAAGACAGAGGCCGGCGGCCAGUUUAUACGAACGGGAUCCCUGGCUCCUCCGCCAACAGCUUUACUUACAGCAUUGACAAGAUUUAAAGCUGAUCAUAUCACAACACGAACAAAUAUGCUUGCUUAUUUAAAAAAUCUAGAAAGCAUACCCAAUAUGCCGAAAAGCUUUCUCAAGUCUGACUCUCUCCAGGACGUCCUGUAUGACUCAAGCUACGGCCAUAUGGAGGGAGGCGACUCUCGUCUUGAUGACGAAGAUGAAGACGAUUGUCGCAUGUGCGAUAAGAGCAAAGUGAUUCGGAUAAGUCGAAGAGAGAGCGGUAUGAUCCACUACGGCUUGAUUGCAUCAGGCAACCAGGUAAUCAAGGACGCGAAUCUUCGGGACACGCUCUCCCAGCAAUUUAACAAUAAUCUCCUUUGCAUUGAGAUGGAAGCUGCAGGACUGAUGAACGACUUUCCCUGCGUUGUUAUUCGAGGAAUUUCUGAUUAUUCAGACUCGCAUAAAAGCAAGAAAUGGCAGGACUACGCUGCUGCAACAGCUGCAGCAUGUGCAAAGGCAUUACUCAUGGUGGUGGCCACGAGUGAGGUU